CCUUUUCAUUUAACCACACCCUUUGAGCUAUGACGCAGUUUCUUUUCGGUGUAAACGGAAGUGAACAAUAAACAUUUCCACGUUAACGUUUUUUAAAAUUGUUGUUGUUUAACACCAUGGAACUCAAAAUAUUAUACAUUUAACCGCACUGCAUCACAUACUUAGCCCAUGUAGUCUUUAAUUCGCGUUGGAUAGAGGACUUGGUUUUAUGUAUGUUGUUAUCUAGCUAGGUAACGCUAGCUAGCGGAUAACGUUAGCUAACAAUGGCUAACUGUAUGGUUUUUCACACUCAAAUAGCCUCCGUCAUGGAGGUGCUAGCAAAUGCAGCCGUGGCAGAGAUUUGUAAACUCGUAGACGACGACUAUGCAGAGUUUCGUUUGGAAAUUUCUCAAAGCCAGAAAGAAAACAGGACAUUACGGAGGAAACUACAGCUACUUGAACUGAAGGUGUCACGGGAACGCAUACUACCCAGUCGUCCCAGCAGUGUCAAAAUCCUUGACCGAUACAGAAGCAUAGCAAGAGGUGAGGGACAUCUCCCCGGAGGCCACAGCAGUGUUGUGAAGCCAACAGUACAAAAUAGAUGGAGAGAUGACCAACCAAUCACUGUUGAUGAGGGGAGUGGAACCGCAACCCAGCAUGUUAUUGUGAUAGAAUCUGCAGAUGCUGCAGGUCCUGGGGUCAAGCUGGAAAGGUCUGAAGGAGAGGAGGACCCACAACACAGCAGAGACAACCAGACUGGAGUGGCACCCCCUGUAGCCAUGGAGGACCUCACCACCACCCCAGUGCAGCCCAGGAGCCGACGCAGCGUCACGGAGGAGGAGGAGGGUCCAGAGGUGCUGCUGGUGAAGGAAGAGGGCAGUGAGGAGGGUCUGGGGAACCCUGAGGAGACUAUGGUCAUGGAGGACAACCAGACUACACCUCUUGAACACACAGAGGAACCAGCUGAGCAGCACAGGACCACACACGGUCUCCCUGAGUCAGUAGACAUGGAGGAUGGGAUGCCUGAUCUGCUGCUAGUCAAAGACGAGGCAGUAGAAGACCGACCAGAGAGCAUUGACCUGCUGAGUGGACUAAAGAUGGGUGGGCAAGUUGGUUGGCUAGAGGCUAACAGAGACUGGGGGGCCAUCUUGGAUUCCCAAACUCAGACGGGUGCAGCCAAGGGCCCAGGGGACAACAUCACUGAGCAGGCCAGGACCAGAGGCAACAUAGUGGAAGACAGUGGAUGGGAUAGCGCCCUCAACUCUGGGCUGGUGAACAACACUGUUAACCACAGCCAGAAACAGACAGUGGAACACAAAACAACAUACGAACUUAGUCUCCAUGACAACAGACUGGCUGAGACCAGGGGGAGGUGUAGAUUUGGUCCACGGGGACAGAGAGGUGUCCGUAUGCAGCUGGAGAGAACAGACACAGACUCAGCUAGCGAUGCGCCGUCCUGCUCCUAUAGUUGUGAUUCAGAGAGACUGAUGGCGCCUCAGGUUACCCCCCUAACAGGUGCUGCCUUCAGCCUGCCUUCUAUAGGAUCUAUCAACUGGAACAUGGACCCUGCGACAACACAGACACUUCCUGGCCUUCAUCCUCCUCACACUCUCCUAAUGUUAAACCAUACCUCAGGCAAUAGUGCCUCAACACUAAAUGGGUACACAAGCCCAUUGACAAAUGACAGUAGUAGUAUUAAUGCUGUCAGUCGAUCUGGUGGCAAAGAGAAGCGCUUCCCGUGUCCUUUCUGUGGGAAAGCCUUCAGUUUCCCUAAACAGGUGCAGAUCCACCAGAGGGUCCACACAGGGGUAAAACCCUUCAGCUGUACCCAGUGUCACAUGUGCUUCGCUCAGACUGGUGACCUGAAGAGGCACCAGAGGGUCCACACCGGGGAGAAACCAUAUAGCUGCCCCCAGUGUGAGAAGAGGUUCUCCCGCAAGCACCAGCUGAAUAGGCACCUGAAGGUUCAUACGGGAGAGAGGCCAUUCGCCUGUACGCAAUGCAGGAAGAGGUUCUCAGAGAGGAGCAACCUCAGGAUACACCAGCAGAAAGACCAUUCCACUCUAUGACAUAGAAAGGAACCGUAUCACUCAAUACCUUCUGAGGUUUAGAUUAAACCCAGCAUUAAAGAGAAAUAAUAAUUUUCAUUGUUGUCAGCAGAAAAGAUCCACAGAUGCAUUUG